ACUGAGCAUCAUCAUUAACUGUCAACAAAAACAUUUAUUUUAAAGAAUUGCAAUUGUUAUAAAAUAAUGGAAACAUUAGUGAGCCAGUUAAAUUUUAGUCUCGGAUGUCGAGUUUGUCGUCAACUUUUAGCAAAAGCAACAAGCGUUGGAUUUGAUGAAUAUAUUCCAGACUUAACUAUAAAAUAUCGAGAUGCAUUUAAAGAUUGCACAGAAAUGGAAGCUUUGAAAAAUGACGGGCUUCCCCAGCGUCUUUGUUCCGACUGUGCUGCUAAACUCACAAUUUCUUUCCAAUUCCGAAAAGAUGCCUUUGAAUCCGCUAAAGUAUUAAAAGGUUACAGCGAUGCUGAAAAAUCAGAAAAUGAUAUAUAUGAAAACAUGAAAUUUGAAGAUGAAGAGUUUGUUGUGUACGAAACAAUUGAAGAAUUAGAUGAAGAAUGCAGUCAAGAUGACAAAAUUUCCCAAAUUGAAGAAGUUAAUAUUCAAAGUGGAGGCGGAGGUGGAGACGAUAACGACGCAGUUUCAUUUUUAGCCCGAAUUUUAAAGCCAAAAACAGACUCAACUAAACUUUUUGAAGUGAAAAAGAUCUCACCUAAGAAGAAAGACGAAUCUGGCUUCGAUGAUCCGAAUCGUAAACAUGCCUGCAAUGUCUGUAACAAAAAGUUUCAAAAACGAUCAAAUCUUAUCGACCACUUGAGAUUGCAUGCAAAUGUUAAGGUUUUCUCCUGUGAAUAUUGUGAAAAAUCUUUUGUGCAAGCUGGAAAUUAUAAAGCUCACCUUCGGACACAUACCAAAGAGAAACCUUAUGCUUGUGAAUAUUGCAACAAAGCAUACAGUCAAUCAAGCUCCCUUAAAAUUCAUAUACGCUCGCAUACUCAAGAGAAGAAUUACAUUUGCGAGGUUUGUGAUAAAGCUUUUACAAAUUCAUCUGAUUUAGGAAAACACAAAUUGAUUCAUGAUCCUGUUAAAAAGUUUAGGUGUGAUGAAUGCAAUCGUCAUUUCACACAGAAAAUUCAUUUACGAAAACAUCUACAUAAACAUCACCCAGCAGUUGAAUUUCAAUAUGAUGUCAAAGAUUCAACGACAAUAUUAAAACUAGAAGAACUUGACGAAUCAAAAGUAAUUUUCGAAGAAGAAUUUGAACUUAUCGACGAGGAAGAAGAAAGUCAGUCAUCGAGUAAAUAAAUAAAUAAAAUAAGAUUAUUUAAUUCAAAUAUUAAACAUUUAUGUAUGCUAGAUUGUAUGUAAAAAAAUUAACUUUAUUCAUUAAAGAACUUAUAAA